AUGACACAAAGAAAUCCGGUUCGACAGUUUUACUCAGGUGUGUCUUCACUGGAAGCGGCCAAGGACUUCACAGUGGAUGGGCUCACAGGCUACAACGGGAAGAAGAAGAAGAAAAAACGCAGACAUAGCAGGACGAUCUUCACCUCGUACCAGCUGGACGAGCUCGAGAAGGCGUUCAAGGACGCGCAUUAUCCGGACGUGUAUGCGCGAGAGAUGCUCUCCCUCAAGACCGACUUGCCUGAAGAUAGAAUACAGGUGUGGUUCCAGAACCGACGCGCGAAGUGGCGCAAGACGGAGAAGUGCUGGGGCCGGUCCACCAUCAUGGCGGAGUAUGGCCUAUACGGUGCCAUGGUGCGCCACUCACUACCGCUCCCCGAGACGAUUCUCAAGAGCGCCAAGGAGAACGAUUCUGUCGCGCCCUGGUUACUCGAGUCGAGCGCGAUGAGGGAAGCUGGGCACCCGUAG